UGGUAGGUACAUAGCGCCAUCUUUUGAAAGACUGUCAAACUACGCGUUUUUCUUUCAGCUUUCAUUUCGCAGUAAAACACAACUGAAAAGGAAAAGCUCGAGAAAAACUAAGUCAAAAAUGUCCUUUGUAAAUUAAGAAUGUAUUAUCAGACUUUAAUAAAGUACGAGAAAACUUUUAAUAUUUUUACUGGCAGACUCGAUGUUUAUCAUAGAUAUUUUUACUUUGUAGAAGCUUUUAUCCAAACACAGCCCACAGGUGACCUACCAUACCACAACCCAAUUUCAUUGAUCCUGAUAAGCUCUGAAGGUCACCUUGAAAGAGCGGGAAAGCUCAAACCGCGGCGAUUGAGAGUUGAGAUCGUACACAUAAUUUUGGGUGCAUGUUUGCCGGCACGUUGCACCGCGUAAUGAGAAGCGUUAAAAAGGAUUUCAUAACGUUGCGUGCGGCUUGUCUGGAAUAAGUCUUUGCCUGGUGGUUGUCCCCGCAAAGAAAAAGUUUAAAUUCUCCAGUUUUCGGUCAGGAUCGCGUUUACGCUACCUUUAUUGUGGUGAAUAAAAAUUAAUAAGUUCAAUUAAGUACAUACUUAAUUAAAGUUUUAAUUUAAGUUAUUAGUGAAAAUGGAUGUGCCGGCGAAAGGAAAUAUAUUCGAGCGGAUAAUCUCCGCUCGCUACAUACUCGCCGUGCUUGGCUCCAUCGGCAUGGCGAUAGUGUAUGGACUCAAAGUGAACCUAUCCGUCGCUUUGGUGGGCAUGCUCAACCACACGGCGAUUAAGCUCAACGAACACGCGGCGCCUGAACAUGGAAUUCAUAAUGUAACUGUGCUCGCGGAGGUCGAAUGUGAACCUCCAGAAAGCUCUGGGCAUGCUAAGGAGGCAGAUGGACCUUUCCUCUGGUCAUCCCAAAUUCAGGGCAUUAUCCUCAGCUGCUAUUUUUGGGGCUACUUCGUCUCGCAGAUUCCCGGUGCCCGUGUCGCUGAAUUGUUCUCCGCCAAAUGGGUGAUGUUCUUCAGUGUGUCCAUCAACGUAGUAUGCACGCUUCUGACACCGGUGAUGGCUGAAGCCCACUACGUAGCAGUGGUUAUCAUGAGGAUCGGGGAAGGAAUUGGAGGGGGAGUAACGUUUCCCGCAAUGCACGUGCUACUAUCGAAAUGGGCGCCGCCGGCUGAACGCAGCGUGAUGGCAGCUUUGGUGUACGCUGGCACUUCUUUGGGCACUGUCUGUUCUAUGCUGAUGGCUGGAGUGUUAACUGCUAACCUUGGAUGGGAGAGCGUAUUCUACGUGAUGGGUGGGCUAUCCUGCCUCUGGUGCGCUUUGUGGGUGUGGCUGGUGCAGGAUACCCCGCAACAGCAGCCGUUCAUCAGCAAGGAGGAGCGAGAGCUGAUCGUCACCUCGCUCGGCGGGAAAACCGAUGAUCAUGAUGAGCACAAGAAAUUGCCAGUGCCGUGGAAAGCAGUGUUGACAUCGGGCCCCUUCCUGGCCAUCCUGGUGGCGCACGCGUGCUCCAACUGGGGCUGGUACAUGCUGCUCAUUGAACUGCCCUUCUACAUGAAGCAAGUGCUCAAGUUUAAUAUGGCGGAGAACGCCGCAGCCACAGCUCUUCCCUUCCUCUCGUUAUGGUUCUUCAGUAUUGCUCUCAGCAAGACCUUGGACUGGCUUCGCGGCAAGUCUCACAUCACCACAACCACUGCUAGGAAAGUUGGCACAUUUUUCGCUUCAGUGGUGCCGGCAGUGUGCCUGCUGUCGCUGUGCUACGUGGGCUGCAACCGCGGCGUGGCCGUGGCGCUCACCGCGCUCGGCGUCACCGCCAUAGGCGGCAUGUUCUGCGGCUUCCUCUCCAACCACAUCGACAUCGCGCCUAACUUCGCUGGCACUCUGAUGGCGAUUACCAACACGGUAGCUACAGUCCCGGGCAUCAUCGUACCUAUUUUCGUAGGUUUCUUGACCCAUGGCAAUCAAACGAUAUCAGCAUGGCGUGUGAUCUUCUUCGUAACUAUCGGUUUGUACGCAAUCGAGAUAGUGGUGUACACGAUAUUCGGCUCCGGCGAGCAGCAGCCCUGGAAUAAUGCUGUCGAGACUCAAGGUGGCAACCCUGAGGAGAAACCACUGAAGAAUGAGACUGACAAAAAUGAACAGGUUCCUGUUUAAACUACGGCUAUGUAUAUGUAGUUUUGCGCACUUAUUUAUAAUUUUAUAAUUAUUAUUUUUAAAAGCUGUAGCUAGGUAUUUUAACUUAAGAAUUAAAAAAAAUGCUUUUGUCGUUAUAUUUUUGAUAUUUUUAGUUAAACUAAUUAUUAUUAUUUUAAUCAUGUAGUUGGUUAUGACGCUAAAUCAAUGUCUGCCAGAACUUAGUCAAUCAAAUCUAAAAUGUAUGAAUGUAGAAUUAAGUUGAAAUAAGUACUUAUUAUGAUGAUAAUUAAAAAAAAAAAACCUAUUAUGAGCCAAGAAUCUCUUAUUUAAGAUAGUUAAUAUUACGGACGGAACUGUAAAAAAAUGUACAGUAGCUGGCAAGAAAUAUUGUACAUCGACCUAUAGAAUGAGAUUUCGGCUUUGUAGAGCGUUGUCUCUGUCACUCAUACCUAUGUGACGUUG